AUGCAGAACUUUGACUCAAUCAUGUCCAGUUCGCUUGCCCAGCGGCAAUCGAACGGAGGCAGUUGGUACGACAUGACCAUCAAGUCGGAGCCAUCGGAUACUUCGAACAGCUACGGUCAACAAUACCCGAGUCAUCAUCAUCAUCACCUCCAGCAGCAGGAUACUCCAAUGUCCCAUUCCAGCCCAACGUCACCACAGAGCGUAGACAGCAUGGAUUCGAUGAGCGGUCGAAGUCAAUACUACGAUGUGAAGCCAACCAACGGAUUGAUCCACGGGUACAAUCCACUCGGGUUUAAUCCGUUAACUCCACCUGGAUACGCUGGAAUGUUCGUUCCAACCCAGCAGCAGCUAGCCAGGCAGACAACUCCAAACCGGAGCUAUGCGAAGCAAGACUCCGGUUACGUGUCAUCAACGCUCACGCCAACGCAUACCCCACCGAUGGACGUAACGCCACCAAAGUCCCCCAAGGAAGCUGCAGAGACUCCCGAGAAAGAUGACGAUCACGGUUCGGACUGUGAAGAGUCCUACGAUGGUAGUGAAGACGAAGAUGGAAUUCGAAAGCCUAAAAUAAACUCACACGGCAAGGUCAAAAAGUUCAAGUGCAAGCAGUGCGACUUCAUUGCGGUAACGAAGCUAAACUUCUGGGAACACACUCGAAAUCACAUCAAACCAGAAAAGAUGCUAACGUGUCCCAAGUGCCCAUUCGUCACCGAGUACAAACACCACCUGGAAUACCACCUCCGAAAUCACCAGCGAUCGAAGCCCUUCCAGUGCCCCAAAUGUACCUACAGCUGCGUCAACAAGUCCAUGUUGAACUCCCACAUGAAGUCCCAUUCCAACGUGUUCCAGUACCGCUGUGCCGACUGCAACUACGCCACCAAGUACUGCCACUCACUCAAGCUACACCUCCGGAAGUAUUCCCACAAACCGGACGUGGUCCUUAACCUGGAUGGCACUCCAAACCCCCUUCCCAUCAUCGACGUCUACGGCACCCGCCGAGGACCGAAAACCAAAUCGCAGAAAACCCAGAACGUCAAGCAAGAAACUCAACCCAACCAACCAGCCCAAAACCCACAAUCCCACCAAUCCAUCCCGAACCAAUCAGCCUUCACCCCUCCCAACGCUCAACCGACCAACCUGUCCCGAACCCUACUACCACACCAGCUCCUGCCGAACCCCUUAGCCCACAUGUUCAAGAGCGCCGCCUCCAACAACCUCUCCCUGUUCCCGUACCUGAAUCUUAACUUCCAGAUGUUUGCAGACCAGCAGGCCGCCAUGGCCCAACUCUCCCCCAACUUCCACCAACAGUUCUCCUCCAGCCUCACUGACAAGCUCACCAGCGAAGACUCCACCGAACCCCCCUCCAAGUGCUCCUCCAUCUCGACAUCCCCAACCACCGCCCCAACCACCACUUUGAGCGAGGAGCUCCUCAAGCAGAUCACGGCUGCCGCCGCCGAUAGCUCCAACCUUAAAUCCUCGGAAACUGACUCCGAACCCGCUCCUGCUCCGGAAGAACCCCCAACGCCGCAAACCCCAUCCACCAGCUGCACAUCCCAUCCGACAGCCACCAUCUCCGGAGCUGGUGGAAGUACCGGUAAGAACCGUCGCAAGGGCCGUGCCUUCAAGCUGGAACGACUGAGCGAAUUCACCAAAGCUCUGGAAACCGCACCGUCACCGAUGGACCAAUCGGACGAUGAACAUUCCAAUGGAUUUGAAAGGCAUCAGCAGCAGCAGCAGCAGCAGCAACAACCUCAACAACAACCACAACAACAACAACAACCAACGAUGGUCGAUUGUUCGGUGCAAACGACGCCGGUGGCGUCUCCCCCUCCACCGCCGGCGGCGGUCCGAACCUUCGAGUGCAAGUACUGCGACAUCAGCUUCCGGGACGAUGUCUUGUAUACAAUCCACAUGGGUUACCACGGAUACGACGAGGUGUUCAAGUGUAACAUGUGCGGCGAGAGAAGCGAAGACCGGAUCGGGUUCUUUCUGCACAUUGCGCGAAAGGCGCACUGA